UCGGCGUUUUGAGUUUUGAUGGCACCGCAAAGAAAGGUGCCGAUACACAUGUAAAGUAGCUAUUUUUGAUAUCUUACACUGGAGGAGAAACUUCUUGGACGAUCGCAGCAAAGCACGACUUAUAUUCAUCUCAAUCAUUGUACGAUGCGUUCGUUUGUUGGAUAGCUCGUGCUGUGCACUCCAAAGAGCUUAAUUUGUUUGCCCUUGAAAUAGGUAUGCAUAUAUUCCAAACUGAGAUGUUAGGCCAUAAGCGAGCAAGUGGCACAAGGCACGUCGAAGACAAUACCAUCUGUAAGCUUAAGAGCCAGCUUUGGCGGAUGUAAACCAUUAAAUGUCAUACCAAUCAAUAUCUACCGGCGUGGCGACGAAUUGACCAUUUGGCCUUAACCUUCCCUCCAAGUAACAAGUCAUCCAAACAGUGGGCAAAAUGGAAAUCGACAGCUUCACUUUCAUCAAAUUUAACAUACGUGUAUGUUUUCAAGUUGCCGCACAUUCACCAACAAGGAGUACUAUAAAAUUAAAGCGAGUAAGUCCACAAACGUUCAAACACUCAACAUCUUGUACCUCGAUCUACUUGUUCGGGUCGUGCCUUAUAAAGGCGACAGCAAUGGAGAGUCACCGAAUACCUUUUUUGUUUGCUAAACAAUACGACAGGGUGCCAAGAUCUCUACUCCAUGUUUCAAAUAAGCGCUAAAAUUGCUCAACGCCAUCCGUGGUGGCUAGCCAGAUCGAAAUUGAAACGAAGAUUGAGCGUCACACAUUGUCUUCGCUCAAGCUAUGUACGAUCCUAAACAGAAUAGCUUCGUAGAAGAACGUUCAACACUGUUUGCGCGUACGCAAUAAAACAGAACUGUAAAUGGUCUAACAAGCUUAACUGAUAGAAAAAUCUCAAUGAGUAUCUUAAAUCAUUUGCUUAGUGAUACUAGUUUAUUUGUGUGACAACGACCCUACCUCACACUAAAGAACAAGUUCAAGCCCUGGUGUGCAUGAACCAAAAAGCUAUCAACUUAAAAGGAAAACUUAAAAUUAUCACGGCAACAUAAGAUAGCUAAGUAAGUAAAAGGACAAAUAGAAUUGCCAUUAAUGAAACGUUGUUUUAUUACUACACGGUAACAAAAUUGCACCCGACCAGGCUGCUAAUACUAUAAUAAAGUUGCUAUUCACCAUUUCGCUAUACCUAUGACUUUAAGAAUGAGUAAAACUAUAUCGUGUCCCUUAUGUUCAUUGGAUUAGUAGACGAACUAAACUUAAUGAGAUUUUUUUUUGUUUCGUUCGGAGGAAGAGUGUCGCUAUUAGAGUCGGCUCAAAAAUACAAGUCAAACAAAAUGUAAUAUUUUAUUCAAUCUAUACAAUUAUUCAUUGACAAUAUUUUAUACAUUUCCUAUCCGAUGACUUUUUAACUCAUUUUAGACUACUCAUAAGUUACGCGACGUUUAAAAAAUUGCCCAACUUAAUUUGAGAUCAUUAGCUAAACUAGACAGUUUCAAAGGCAGCGUUCCAUUGUUUUCCUUUCUUGUUAUGUAAAUGCAUAGUCGGAUAGUAAAGUUGAUUAUAAAAUAAACCGAAAUACUGUACGCAGUAAUUCAAAACACGGCCGCACUAUGGCACGUAGCCUUGCUUGCGCGUGCGCAGCAGCCUCGUUGAGUGACGAGCGAUAGAAUAAUGCAUUCAUUUUUGGCACAGUCGUCUGCUAAGAACUCUGGAUCGGCGGUCAAAGUGCAUGAGUAGACCACCAGUUCUAACCGUGGAGUCGAACGAAUCCGUUUGGAGAAAAACUUUCGUGUUUCAAUCGUUUACUGUGUUUGCUGCUCCCUUUACCUCUGUCGACAAUAGCUCAGAAGUCAUGUCUGAGCAGGACACUAAAGCCAGGCUUGCGCAGGAACUGAAUAAGGCCCGGAAACUCCUGUUGGCCGCUUCGGUUAAACCGUUUUGGAAAGAAAUACCACUUGAGAAACGUUUGGAUCUCGCCCGAACCCUCGCAAAGGACGAGAAUAUUAACUACUUGGCAGCCCAGAUUCAAUUAGCAAAACCCAUCGCCAACGAGAUUCCACCAUGGGACGAUGACCGUGAUCUUCAUGAGUGGCUUGAAUUGGAAGCAGAGGCAGUACGUGCAGAGCGUGCGAGACAUGAGCGCGCCGCUGCACAGGCUACCGCGAGACUCCGGGAAGCAGAAAGACGAUAUGAACAAUAUGUCAUUUCCAAACAGCAGGAAGAGGCUGCAGUGGAUGCUAAAUCAACUCAGUCUCGAAAGAGUGAAACUACUGGAAAUCCACGUCAGGACAGCUCAGCGACGUGCGCGCUGCGAUCGUCAGCCCGGAUUCGUCGCUCACUCUCCAAAGACGACCUCAGCCGAAAGGGUUGUAAUACCAUUGGUGACAACCGAAAAUCAACAACAGGUUCUCCUGGUCUUCGACGUCGACCCUCAUUUGUUGCCGAUACAUCACAGUCGCAGAUUGAGAUUCACAUGACCUGCUCGAACUGCCGAGUAAACAACGAGGCCAUUAUAAAUACACAAGACCUUGCGGCGAUUGCGCAACCGUUGGAUGAUUUGGCUCUAAACAAUGUGGUAACGUCGACUCCGCAUGUGGGUCAACGGGUGCGUGAGAGGCUAUUCAAUGAGAAUACCGUUGAAACUGCAAUUUCUCGAAGAAGAUCCUCGUGUGUUCAUUUUGAGGACGAAAAGAUCAUCAUGUUAAACAAGGACCGCACUUUUCAGAUAGGAACGUCAGAAGACGGCGUAGAGAAAGAAAACCUAAAUCCUCAUCAAAUCGAACGCCAUAGACGGCUUGCUAUGGAUGACGUUGGUGAUGGACCUGAGGAAGCUGUUAAUCGAACUGUUGUCAAAGCUGAUUCCUCUAGAGAUUCCUUAACGAAUAAGCCGGCCGACAUCACUACAGUGGUUAGAAAGGCCAAAGCGACCAUCGUUAAAGAUCGUAAUUUACAAAAAAGCGACACACGUAGCGCUCAAACUGUUGGAGUUAAAAGUGCGGUACCGCGGAUAGCGCAACCCCGAAUUGGGGGACCAGCUCGAAGCAGGCUUGCCACAGCCGGACCUGUUGCUGCAAUCGGACAAGAUCGCCCGCCUACGAGAAACCCUGCAACUGGCUCGACUACUAGUCGUAUUGGCUUCGUCAAACCGGUGUUACCAUCAAAGACUUCAGCUCUGCCUGGAGCAACAAGCAAUCGGAGGCCAUUUGGGUCUACCGGUACAAGGGACGUACCCAGUACUGGCUUCACUCGGUCCGGCCCUGGGGCCAAACCGUCAAAACCCGCAACAGGCCCAAAUAGAGCUCCCCAAAUUGGAAAACGUAGCUAAGAAUGAGCAACGAGAAAUUAGUUAUUUAGAAUGUUCAGAGUGGUGAUAUCGUAUAUUUUACAAGGACGUUUUAGUAACAACCAAUGUUAGCUCUACAAUGUAAAGAAAAUUAAAGGGUGACGUUUUGUUUAAUAAAUUUACGCAUAAGUAAUAUGUGAAUAGCCUGUUAAUCGGUUGAAUUUAUGGUUAUUUAAUGAUAUAUUUAGAUUUCGUGUUAAAGCCUACUGAUCGUAAUAUGUAACCAGGUAAGUUAAUUGUAAUGCGUAAGAAGUGCACGAUAGAAUUUAUGGUUGUAGUUCGCAUCGGUUCCUGUAUAGUUUUUUUGGACUUGUUUUACAGCUUGGGGAAAUCAAAAGUUACAUACUGAAGAACAUGCGAACAACAGGAUUGUAUGCUGAACAUCGUAGGCUAAUCUGCGGUACUAAAAUUAAAAAAAGACAAUAGAAAAUCUAACAAUAGGGUCAAUAUUACCCGCCAUAAGUCAGAUGGGUGUAUGAUUUUUAGGCGUAUAACAUUUGUGAAUUGCGUUGGUACAUACCGGAAAUUAUAACCUACACUUCUACAAACUGAUACAGUAUUAAAAAGAACCCAAAGUUGAGUUGUUGUUGUUAGAAAAUGAAGUAUUUUAGUGUAGUCUUCUAUAUACGUAACCGAUUGGAAAUUUCACCGUUUGCGUUUCAGAAGAGCUCUGCGCUUUGUAUAUUCACAAAAACAUUGCCCAUCAAGUUGCACCAAUUCAGCAUCCGAACCUACAAUUCGCUUUGUUGUAAAGUGGGAUCGCAUUAGCCUAAAGCCUUACUUUUUCAAUGGAGACGCCAUAUCUUCGACAGGCCUGGGUUCACAAUUACCGCUCCUAACUUCCUUUCCUUUUUGAUAUUCGUCGUAUUUUGGAGCAGAUACUGUACUGGUAUGCAGGCCA